AUGAAUUCAAAAUUAUAUUUUCCGUACGAUGCACCCGAAUGCUACCUGAAAGAGGCUGAAAUUUGUCUAUGGCUGACGUUUUGUUUGAUAGUUCUUGGUGAAGUUCAAGAUCAAUUUCUUAAAAGAAUUUGGUCUGGUGCAGAAUCUAAAGCGCAGCGAUUUUGCAGUGCUCAUGAACGACCGUCACCUACGUCGUUUACUGGAGGAAGAUCAACGCCUCAGUCGCUGUCGCAGUGCAACAACCAGCUCAAGUUAGCGAAAGUCACCUUGAAAAUGGCCAGAAAAUUCACGUCCAUCAAAAUAGCGCUCCCAAUCUACCCACGAUAA